AUGCAAAAUAAUGAACAGGUAAAGAAAUUCUUAUUAGCAUUGAUUGUGAUUUUACUUUUUUUGAUUUGCCAUCAAUCUAAUACCAUACCUUUGAGUUAUAAUAAUGAUUAUAAAACUAAUUAUAAUGGUAACCAAAUAAUUGAUCCAUUUCACAUUAAUAGUUAUAUCAUGUAUCAGCAUAAAUCUAAAAUUAUUAAAAUACCGAAUAAUGAUGCAUCUUUAUCUCCACCUUAUUUAGAUAAAAUCAAUAAAUAUUGGUACAUAGGUGGAUCUACUCAGAUAAAAAAUGAUCGGAGUAUAAAAUUGACUUCUAAAAAUAUCCCACAUACUCAUGGUUCUAUAAUAUCAAAUGGAAUAGGAGAUAAUGCAAUAAAUGAUUUUGAGAUUGAAUUUGUUUUUAAAUUAUCAUAUGCAGAAAAUAGUUUGGGAAAAGUAGGUGAUGGCAUCAGUUUUAUUCUCACAUCACAAAAUGGAUUUUUGUUAAAAGAUUUAACUUCUUCCUUUGCUCGUAGACAAUAUAUAAUUAAUUCAGGUGGUGUUUUACCUAACGAUAUUUCAAUGAUGGGAUUUCCUAAAAAUUUACCUGGAUUAUCACUUGUGUUAGAUACAUUUGCUAACGAUUCAAAAAAUAAGGAAUAUGUUCCUUUCUUAGAUAUUUUUCUUAAUUCUAAUCCACAAGAAGAUUUUUAUGACAUUGAUUCAGAUGGUUCAAAAAGUACCGUUCGAAGAUUGAAUAAAGAUCAUAUUAAAUUGAGAAAAAAUGUGCUUCAAGGAGAUAUGAUUUGUUUAAGGAUUAUUUACAUUGAGUCAAUAUCUUUUCUGAAAAUCGAUAUUCGAUAUGAAAAUGUGGGUAAUUAUUGGAUUGAAUUAUUUUCAAAUAAUAAUUUGCCAGACACAGAAACACAACUAAUAUUUUUACCUAAAAAUGAAAAAACAGGACAAAGAUUUAUUGGAAUGGGUGCAUUGAAUGGUGACUUGACUGAAACUGUGGAACUAUUUCGUAUUAAAACAAAUGAAUUUCAUUGGGAUAAUGAUAUAAAUCAAGAGGAUUUAUACGAUUUCAAUCACUAUAAAGAAUGGGAAAAUUUUUUAUUAAAAGAAUUCCAUGAACAAAUAACAAAUGAAAAAGAUUCUUUUACUCGCUGGAAAAUGAUUAACUCGCAGCCAAUAUAUGAGAAUCACUUACAAGAAACAAGUAAAUUGAUGAAUCUCAAACCGUUAUCUCAUACUAAACUAUAUUGUCAAAAGGAUUCAAAAUAUGAUUCUUCAUUAUGGAAAUUCCUUCAAUCAAUAUUUAAAUGGAUGGCUAUUGUUUUCAUUAUGAUAACAUUAUAUUUGUUUUCAAUCUAUGUCAGAGUUAGUAAAAAACACUGGAAGAAAAUACAAUCUAAGAAAUUCAAAAAAUCGUUAAAAGGUUCUUUGUUACCAAUAUAA